AUGACCCAGUUCGCCAAACAGGAGAAAACCAACUCCACAGUUCGAACCACCUUCGCAAAACUGAGACACGUUCGCAGCAGAGAGGGCAUGGGGUGGAGCUCCCGCGGCACCCGACGACGAGCAUGGUACCGCCGCCGCCUGCUCUCAUGUCUGGUGCUAGCCUCGACGGGAGGGCCACAGGCAUGGGCGCAGGUAGCGACGACAACAUGCGGCAGCACCUCGCCGCUCCGAGUAGAAACAGUGGCCGAAGCCGGAGCACUCGGCGCCGCCGUUGACUGCGCGAACGGCGGGACGGUGGAGGCCGUUUGGGCGGGGGCGGUCACUCUUACCGCUCCCAUUUCCGUCGGGACGGGGACGUUUCUGUCCAUCACCGGAGAAGGCGACUCGGCGGAGGUGCUGGGCGGCGGCCAGACCCAGAUGUUCUACGUUUCCUCGUCGGGAGGCCUGACGCUGACCGAUCUCAGGCUCUCGGGAGGAAGCGCUGCAAGCGGCGGCGCCGUCUACGCCAGCGCGGCAUCGGUCGCCCUCAACAGUUGUGUCUUCGACCGCAACAUCGCAACCGCCGGGGACGGCGGGGCCGUGGCGUUGGAGGGCGGGGACCUGACGAUAGUCGGGGGGGAGUUCUCCGGGAACAGCGCCAGCGGGAACGGUGGUGCCGUUCUUGCCACCGAGGCCGGGCUGGUCAUCCGAAACGGCACCCGCUUCGAUGGCAACAAGGCGGUGGAGGGCGGCGGGCUGUAUUGCGGAGGGAACGAAACGACGGCGUUUGCAAACGGCGCCACCUCUUCUUGCUCUCUCAGUGAGGCGGUGUUCAUUGCGAAUAACGCCUCCCUCGAGACAGAGAUCCAAUAUCCUUCAUAUUGGGUCUCCACGGAUGAAGUUGAUGGGGGCGGAGCGGCUGCAUUCUGGUAUGCCGAGGUUAACAUAUCGGACUCGGUGUUUGGAUCGAACUACGCUCAGCUCUCGGGUGGGGCGGUGUUCGGGGGGAAUUCAACGGAAAUGGUCAUCGAUGGCUGCAAGUUCGAGAACAACACGACGUUGGGGUACGGUGCAGCAGUCGCUGCGUGCUCCGCCACACUCGGAGGAAGCACAACGCUGACGAACAAUUCUGCCGAGGAGAAUGGCGCUGGGGUGUUCGGUUGGGAUCCGACGGGGACAGUCGUUUUCAACGACGUUGUGUGCAGCGACAACACCGCAGGAGGGCUCGGCGGUUGCUACUACGCCGCUGGCAAGGGCAUUGUCAACGAUGGGACGGUCAUGCGAGGGAACAGCGCGUUAAACGACGGGGGCUGCGUAUAUGGGUCGGGGGGCUGCGACAUCACUGUAAAUGGGGGGGAGUUCGCGAUGUGUACCGCGGCGAACGACGGCGGAGUUUUGUACGCUUUCGACUCCUCGCGGGUGAACAUCAGGGGGGGAACAUUCACCGAAAACGUUGCCGCGGGGAGAGGGGCCGUGGUGAGCAGGACUUGGAACAACAGCGGAGCCUCUACCUCCGAGCGAAACUCGCUUACAGCUGAUGGAGGCUCGUUCGUCAUCGAAGGAGGCACCUUCAGCGAGAACCAGGGGCUCAACAUGGGGGGGGUGAUCACGGCUUCGGGUUAUACAACCGUGGUGAAUAUCAAGGGAGGCGUGUUUCGGAACAACUACGCCAACUUGUAUGGCGGGUUCGUGCACCUAGAGGAAGAGACCAGCUUGACCUGCGAGGGAGCCACGAUCGAAGACAAUAAUGCCGGCGACAAAGGCGGCGGAAUCUACGCCGAAACGUCCGUAUGGGUCAACUCCAGCUGUGACUUGAUCGGCAACGGGGCCCCGCAGGGAGCCGCAACGUACCUCACUGGGGUAACCAGCGCCAACUUUGAAGCCCAUAACGUGACCGACAACGUUGCGACUGCAGGGGGCAGCGUGCUGGGCGUGAGCGGUAGCUCGGUCGUCAUGAGAGGGGUGAACUUUCAGUCGGCCGAUGGCCUGCAGGAAGAAACGUGCAUCUUCGGGGUGCACACCGACAGCACAGCGACUCUCGUUGCCGAGGACUGCGUCUUCGGCGGGUGGCUGGGGGACACCGUGUUCUACCACGCAAACCCCAGUGCUGGCUCUCUUGUGCUCAACAGCUGCGACUUCAGCGAGAGCUCCACGACCAUGACCGUUACUUCACCGUACUCAGACGCCGAGAUACGCAAUGCCCUAGUCGGCGAUCUCACCAUUGAGAACGUCGAGACGGUGAACGAUUCGCUGGUUCUCGUCGAUCAAGCCAUGGGCUGUGACGCUGAUAAUGCCUGUGGGCCGGGAGAGUGCGUACGCAGCGAUCUCGGGGUGCUGUGCGAGUGCCUAGAGGACGGCGUGUGUCUAAACAACGGCGGGGCGAUCUCCCUCACCGUAAGUGGUGAGCUGCCGAACGCCACGUACCGCCCCGAUUGGGUUAAGUUCGAUCUCGCGGUCUCCGCAGCCGCGAACGGGACUACGCCCACCAUCUGGAACCUCACGUACGAGGCUGAAGAGCUGGACCUGAAUGCUCUCCCGUCUAGCGGAGUGUUGCCCCCAGGCGGAAGCGUGACCAUUUCCGUCACAGGGAGGUCUACUGAGCAAGACGUGGGCGGGAGCCUCAUCAGUCAGUUUGUGGUGACCUCUGUCGGUAGCGGCAUCAGCGCGGACUCGGCGACCGCUGGGGUGGGGCUAGAGGUAAAGACGGAGUUCUACCUCUGCGAGGAGUUCGAGUACGCCAUGCCUGACGAGGAAAAGGUCGUGUGUGAGCAGUGCGUCUUACUCGUUGGCGCGGAGGGGGUGGACUGCGAGCAGGCCGGGGCGACGCAGACCUCCUUGCCCGUGAGGGCCGGGUACUGGCGAUCGAGCGAGGAGUCUCUGGUGAUUCACGCGUGCCUUCAUUCUGACGCUUGCGUUGGCGCGACAGAGAUUGUGACCUCAGAUGAUUACUGCGACGGGGGGUACGAGGGUCCAUAUUGCGCCGUGUGCGCGGAAGGGUACGGUAAGGGCGUCGGCAACACGUGCCACUCCUGCACUGGGUCUAAGGCCCGACUCCUCAUCGCGGCGGGCUCCGUCUUCUUCCUGGUGGCCCUACUGCUGCUGUUCUUCGCGGCCGUGUUCCUCGUCGGGGGUCUCGACGCCGUCGCGAGCGUCCGCGGAUCCUUGGCCCGCUCUCUACGCGUCCCGGGCAAGACGACGACUAGGGCUGCACAGUCUGUUCCUCCUCCCGGCCCGACCUUGCCGGGAAGAUCCGCGUCGGCCAGAAAUAUCAGCGCGAGUCGCCAAGUCGAUGACCUCGCGUUAGAGUAUGACUCCGGAGAGGUCGGAGGGCAGAGAACCGGUGGCGACUUUGACCCACCGGGCGAUUUGUUGGGGUACGAUCACGGCGAGGACAAAUCGGACGGAUCCAUUGAUGUCUCCCACGCGAGCUUGAUACUUCCGCUUGCCAUCGCAGGAAAGGACGCUGCGUUUUGUGGACGGUUUGCUGCAGGCGGCGGUGGCGGUAGCCAUCCUCCAGUUGAUGCCGACGCCGACGCGGCACCUGCGGAGGCUGCGGCGGGAGGAAAGUCGGGGUAUCGCGGGCUUGGCGAAAAGAUAAAGGGCUGGGUGUCGCUGCUGCCGAUGGACAAGCUCAAGAUCCUGGUGGUUGUGUGGCAGAUCCUGACGGUUUUCCCCAGCAUCACGGGGGUGGACUACCCACCCUCAUAUUCCCGGUUCUUGUCUUGGAUUGACGUGGUCAACUUCGAUGUCGGCCACAUCUUCUCUGCCUCCUGCGCCCUCCCAUUCGUGACGUUCUACGAAAGACUGCUGCUAACGACGCUCGCACCUAUCGGGCUGGGAGGCGUGCUACUGGUGACUUACUGGAUGGCGAAGCGAAACGCAGGAAUCGGGUCGGCCGGCGUUCUUGCCAGGAGGGCGGCGUGGUCGAGGCACAUGGCGGCAGGAUUGCUGUUGACCUUCUUGGUGUUCACCUCCUCGUCUACGAUAGUCUUCAAGACGUUCGCCUGCGACUAUGAAGCGGUGGAGGGAGAGGGCUACCUUAGGGCAGACUACGGCAUAUCGUGUAAAACAGACAAGCAUGCGUGGUACGAGGUCUACGCUGGGGUCAUGAUCGCGGUGUAUCCAAUCGGCAUCCCCCUCCUGUACGCCUUCAUACUCUGGAGAAACCGAGACUCCCUCAACCCACGGGCAAGCUAUAGCGCCGGUCUAGAGCUGGAUGGGGAAAUGAACGAGGGUCCCAGGGAAACGCAAGAAGAGAUGCAGGACAGGCUGGAGAAGCGCAGGCAGAAUCCGGACCUGGUACCCUCCAUGUUUCUGUGGAAAGACUUCGGGUUCCACACUGUUGACUCCCCUCUGCUACUUGCUUGCACAGGUCCCGACAUGUACUACUACGAGGUGAUCGAGUGCGGCCGGAGGAUCCUCCUGACGGGGGCUCUGAUUUUCAUCGCCCCGCACACGGCGGCCCAGGCGGCCAUCGCCUGCAUGUUCGCCUUCGCGAGCCUGCUGGGCUUCGAGCUGUUGAGACCCCACCUGGAUCCCGCAGACUCGUGGCUCUACCGCCUGGUGNAGGGAGGGAGGGAGGGAGGGAGGGAGGGAGGGACAAUGGGAACAUUUAACGACCACAACAGUAAUGCGGGGCUGCUGAUAAAGGCGGAUGCGGCGGGAGAGGGCAACCGCGCCGUCCUGGGGGGAAUCAUGGUGGCGAUCAACAUCUUCCUUAUCCUGGCCGUCCUCUUCUCAACCUGGCUCGCCACCCAGCAGUCGGUGGACGACUCCCGUGACGACGAGAAUCCUGUAGCCUUGGCGAAGACCAUGCUGACGUUCGAGCAGGUGGCCGCGAAAAGCGCCCGGCUCGCUCGAGAGGGGCGGGCUCCAGCGACCUCCUCGGCGCUCCCCACUCCCGGCGGUGCCGCUGUCGGCGGGGAAAGCUGACUUACUGGAGCAACCCGGUGCAAGGAUCUUCAAUACAUGUAGACAUAUCCAUGUGUGAUAUUUUGGAGGUGUAGAUUUGGAAAUUUCACGUUUUCAAGUAUGUUCCAAGCGACUUCCGGUUGUAGGUCAUGUUGAGAUUUGGCAAGCGCGUGGCCUCAGUCGCAAGGGGGCUGUUUUGUCCAGGGUGGCACCCCCAAGCUGCCGGAAAACACGGCAUGCAUAGUCUACGUACCUAUCCUCCGAAGUCAAACAUUGCCAUUCGGCAACGAGCCUUACCUCCCAGUUUAGCGCGGGCGCAAGUUCGAAACCCCUCAAAUUCGGCCACGUUUCAUGAUAUUUUGUGAAUGUCGUUUUUUGUGCUUUGAAAGGAGAGUUGCGAGAACCGCUCAUCGGUUUUGGCUCUGGUUGUUUACUCACGGGGGGAGCCAUUUUGGUUUGGCUUCCUCGUCAUCUGUCUGUUGGUCCCCCCCCUCUCGUUCUCAUCGGAGAACGGUUGAACAGUCAAUACACCAAAAAUGACGUGUAGCUCCCCCCCCCCGCCCCGAGUGUAGCCGGUCAGGGUAAGUGUUUCGUCGUGGGGAUCGAUUUCUCCGGAGGAAACUUUUCAAAACUCGGUUCUUAUUGACGGAUACGCGUCUCUUUUCGAAUUGGAUUUAUUCGGGUCCAAAGCCACGCACUUGAAACAGAACAGGAAUAGAACGGAUUGUUGAUGUACAUAUUGCUGAGGGGGCGACUGGGACCAGGGCAGAGCUACAUGACAAUCGUUCCGGGUCUCCAUCAGACGUUGGCUUCACAUGUUUCGUUCAGACUAUGCGUACGAAUAGUUUGAUUGUAUUACUGUGGUGGUGCCCGAGUGAGUGCAGUAGUACACGUUGGUUACAGAAGCCU